AUGGCUAUCAUACAUGGACUGAUUGCACAUGGCACCACCAUUGUCGCAGAAUAUAAAACCGAUAAAGACAUUGAUGAUCUGACAGUUGUACAGGCUAUUUUAGACAAGAUACCACCUAAUAAUUCAAAAUUAACCUACGUAUAUGACAGAUACUUAUUUCACUACAUUUCAGAAGGCGGCAUCACAUACAUGUGCAUGGCCCAUGAAUCCUUCGGUCGUCGCAUCCCAUUUGUGUUCUUACAAGAUAUUCAGUCAAAGAUUCUCGCCAACUACACUAAAGCACAGAUUCUAGAUGCGCCUGCUUACGGAAUGAGUGCAUUCAACAAAGUGAUUGAAAAGCAGAUGGAUUUCUACAGCAAUGACAAGAAUGCUGAUAAGUUGAGGCAAGUGCAAGGUGAAAUUGACCAAGUCAAGGAUGUCAUGACGCACAAUAUCGAGCGAGUGAUGGAAAGAGGAGAGCGCAUUGACAUCUUGGUGGACAGGACUGAUGGGCUCAGUCAACAAGCAUUCGCAUUCAAGAAGAGAAGCACAUUACUCAAGGUAAAUUGA